AUGGGGGGAGCCCGAGAAGACGGCGAGGCGAAGUCGGACGGGGCGGACGGCGGAGAGCGCAAGGAGAAGAGCGCUCACCUGAAUCAGUGGGCAAAUGGGCGCCGGACCUUCUUGGGACUGCUGAAAGGACGGCUGGAGGAGGUGCCGCUGGAUGUGCUGAGGCAGAGGGAAUCAAAAUGGCUGGACAUGCUGAACAACUGGGACAAGUGGAUGGCAAAAAAGCACAAAAAGAUCCGGCUGAGAUGCCAAAAGGGGAUCCCACCUUCGCUGCGUGGCCGGGCCUGGCAGUACCUCUCGGGGGGCAAAGUCAAGCUGGAACAGAACGCCGGCAAGUUUGAUGAGCUGGACGUGGCUGCGGGGGAGCCCAAAUGGCUGGAUGUGAUUGAGCGAGAUCUCCACCGUCAAUUUCCAUUCCAUGAGAUGUUUGCUGCUCGGGGGGGCCAUGGGCAACAAGAUCUGUUCCGGGUCCUGAAAGCCUACACUCUGUACCGGCCGGAGGAAGGGUAUUGCCAGGCGCAGGCCCCGGUCGCAGCGGUGCUGCUGAUGCACAUGCCCGCCGAGCAAGCUUUCUGGUGUCUUGUGCAAAUAUGUGAGAAAUAUCUUCCUGGCUAUUACAGCGAGAAGCUGGAGGCCAUCCAGUUGGAUGGGGAGAUCCUCUUCUCCCUGCUGCAGAGAGUCUCCCCGCUGGCUUACAAGCAUCUCAGCAAGCAGAAGAUCGACCCCAUCUUGUACAUGACGGAGUGGUUCAUGUGCGCCUUCUCCAGGACCCUGCCCUGGAGCUCUGUGCUGCGGGUCUGGGAUAUGUUCUUCUGCGAAGGCGUCAAGAUCAUCUUCCGCGUGGGUCUCGUGCUCCUGAAGUACACGCUGGGUUCUUCGGAGAAGCUGCGAAGGUGCCAAGGGCAGUACGAGACGAUGGAGCAGCUGAGAGCCCUGAAUUCCAAAAUCAUGCAAGAGGCUUUCCUCGUUCAAGAGGUCAUAGAGUUGCCAGUGACGGAGCGCCACAUCGAGCGGGAACACCUGAUCCAGCUGAAGAAGUGGAAGGAGACCCACGGAGAGCUGCAAUGCAAGUCUCCUCCCCGUUUCCACGGCGCCAAGGCUAUCAGGGAUUCUGAGCCGUACCCCCACAAAGCCUUGGAGCCCUCUCCUUCCAUCAUCCUGCCCCCCGGCGCCGCCCUCUCCCCCAAGGGCCGCAAGGGCAAGCUGCGGAAGGGCACCCCCAAAGGGCCCGUCGCCGUGGGCAACCAAGCCAACGGCCCCAUCCCCGAAGAAAACGGAUCUCAGACUUUGCUGGAGCCCGACUCUUUCCUUCUCCAUCAGUCCAAGGAGAGCCUUAGUUCCCGGGAGAGCGAGGACACCUAUCUGUAG